UAAGAGUACGACUUGUGUGGGGGAUUACGUCAGACCACAAAAUAGAGCCACCUCCUUUUUCGGACUGCACGCUUUCGUCUCCUCUUUUUACCCCGCAGUGCCGCGUUACGGGCAGGAGCUGCUGACGGUUUCUCCUCUCUUCUUUGUUUCAUGCCUUCACAUUCGUAGAAAUUAUUCGUAUCAUGACGCGCGACGCGACACAAGCUACAGAAGCAGACAUACAGCCUGUAAAGGUUCCGAGGCUAUCAUUCUUUACGCCAGAAGUAUCAGCCUAUUUUAUCGCGGGGGGUUGUGCUGGUGCAGCCUCUAGGACCGUCGUGAGUCCUUUGGAGAGGCUGAAGAUUAUUCAGCAAGUGCAACCAAGGUCUUCAGAGCAACAAUACAAGGGCGUCUGGAGGAGCCUUGUUCGCAUGUGGCAGGAAGAAGGAUUUAGAGGUUACAUGCGGGGCAAUGGCAUUAAUUGCUUAAGAAUUGUGCCAUACAGCGCCGUACAGUUCACGACUUAUGAACAGUUGAAGAAGUUGUUCACCAGUCAUGGGUCUAGAGACCUUGACACCCCCAAACGACUGGCAGCUGGUGCUUUGGCCGGUAUCACAUCUGUAUGUUCGACAUACCCCUUAGACUUGUCUAAAUGUAAUACCUCUCUGGCGUCUUCGACUGUAUCGACUUCGUCAUUGAAACACACACUCUCGACCGCUUACCACACGUCCGCAAGUGGUCCCAAUUAUACAGCAUCAGAGUUGACAAUCUGGGGCAUGACACUGAAAAUAGUCCGGGAAGAGGGCGGAAUCCGGGGGCUGUACAGAGGCUUAAUCGCGACGGCAGUAGGCGUUGCUCCAUACGUGGGGAUCAAUUUUGCGGCAUACGAGUUCUUCCGGGGUGUCAUUACUCCGCCAGGGAAGAACAGUGUUUCAAGGAAGUUGGCGUGUGGUGCACUAGCUGGAUCGAUAUCGCAAACGUUGACCUACCCAUUUGACGUGCUGCGUCGUAAGAUGCAGGUAACCGGAAUGAGAUCAUCAGGAUUGGGAAUAGCAUAUUCUGGUGCCUUUGAUGCGCUUACUGGAAUAGUCAGAACAGAGGGGGUUGGAGGGUUGUAUCGCGGUCUUUGGCCAAAUCUUCUGAAGGUGGCUCCCAGUAUUGCAACGUCGUUCUUCACGUACGAAUUGGAUUUAUUAGUGGGCCCGUAAAGCGUCCACUUGUGAUGGGGGACCUUGAUUUCGGACAAGUGUUCUUUUGCUCGUCGGUUGCAUUCACGAUCACCGCGGACAGACCACAGACUAUUCCAAGUUGGACAUCGUUCUUGUUGUACAGGAGGCCGACCGGUUAUUAUCUUAGAACAUGAAUAGAGGGACUGUCGAGGGCUGAACCUUGUGUGAGAUGUCUGUCUGAGUCGAGAAUCUUGAAGCGAUGAGUCUAAAAAUCUGUUAUCGAAGCGAGUGACACUUGGGAGUCAAUAAUAAUAUCUUGAUUGCUUAUGGUCCGAUUCCGCAU